AUGGCAUCCUGGGAGCAGCCAUCACCAAUGAUCAAGUUCGAGGACUCGCCUGCCGAGUCUUUCGUUUCCACACCUGGCGAAAUAUACCCAUCGCUAUUUGGCGACGCAAGCGUCGUCAAUGAUGAUACUCUCGAUCCCUCCGAUAUGAUGACACCGCCGCCCUUCAACGACGACGGUGGUCUUCCCGCAUCUACGGCUUCGACCCCGGCUCCGGACGGCGCAGGAUCAUCAUCUCCGGAUAAGAAGCAAACGAAGAAGCGGAAGUCAUGGGGUCAGGUUCUUCCUGAGCCCAAGACAAACCUUCCUCCUCGGAAACGCGCCAAGACAGAAGACGAAAAGGAACAACGCCGUGUUGAGCGGGUUCUUCGCAACCGUCGAGCCGCCCAAUCAUCCCGUGAGCGAAAGCGACUGGAGGUUGAGGCUUUGGAACGACGCAACAAAGAACUCGAGUCGGCUCUCCAGAACGUCACCAAAGCAAACCAGUUGCUGGUGGAUGAACUGAACAAGUUCCGUCGUGACUCUGGCAUGUUGACCCGUUCAACGUCUCCCAACGACCCCCUACACAAGAACUCUGUAACGUUGUCUCAAGAGCUCUUCAGCUCCCACGACGGCCACCGAGCUUCACUAGACGAGACUAAGUCCCUCGUCGACGACCUCAUGACCACAUCUCAACCCAACGCCACUGUCAAUCCCGCAUCGCUCUCUCCAGAACUCUUACCAAUCGCUGAGGGUACUGAGGAGGGCGGUGAGGAGCAGCCAACGGCCGAGACCUCUGUUGCGAAGUCUACCUCCGACCUGACACAACGUCCUGCAGCGAUGUUGUGCGACCUGCAGUGUCAUCUGUCGGAGGAGCUUCCGCAAUCAUGGCUGGCCUCUCAAACCCCUCUGCAUCCGACCUUGGUCUUCUUUCUGCAGCUUCAGACGCUACUAGUCACCUCAUCAGUGAUUCUUUCAGUUUGUCAGCGGCCCUUGACGCAGAUCGCUAUGUCCUUGAAAGCGGGCUUCUCUCUUCCCCCAACUCCCUCGAUUAUGAACACGAUUAUCUGGUUGGUGACUCUACCUUCCUCCAAGACCCGUUCGACAUCAACGAGUUCCUCCACGACGACGUCAACGGCGCAGCCGUCGCAGCGGACCCGGAAUUCGGCCGCGAUCUCACCCACUCUGAGACUCAAGUCUCUUCAGAGAAUCCUAACCUGCAGCCCCACUCUGGCGCGUCCGCUCAUGGAUGCGACGAUGGAGGCAUUGCGGUUGGUGUCUGAAGGAUGCGAUGACCGGAUCGGGGGGUCGUCGGCUGAAUAUUCGGCGCAGCGCGAUAGCAGUCAGACACCACCAACGUGGAUUGUCGGCGCACCGUUGCCGUCCAGAGAGGUUCUCUUGACGCUGUUAUGGGCUCUCAGAGUUGAAGAGCGGAAAAUCAACCGCAAGAAUACACUUCAACUAAGAGCCCAUGCGCCCGAUCUGGCGAAUGAUAUCUCAACACCAACUAAUAAUCACAUGUUUGUUUCGGCUUCCAAGAGGAAGCGGGGAGUGACUGACACCAAAGAGAAUGGGAAGCGUUUUCGGUUGGCUUGA